UUUCACGUCUCCCGACGUUAUCACGAGAUUGAGUGCGACAUGUCCUCUUUCUGCGUUCCUUCCCUCUUCUUUAUGCGACCCAACAACAACUCCCCCUCCCGUUUCCACCCAAACAAACCCUAAUCCACUCCCUCGACUUCCAACUUCGAACUCCUUGCAAUUUGCCCGUGAUCACCACUCGGCGCCAGUAGCUCGCGAAACACGCAGAAAAAUUAGGAACCUACGCGAAUAUGGAAGAGAACGGUGAGGAGAAGCUGAUUGCCGCCGUCCGCCACAUCGCCAAGACGCUGGGCCGGACUGAGACUAUGGCCGAUGACAUCCUCCAAGUCUUUUCCUCUUUCGACGGCCGAUUCUCCCUCGACAAGCUCUCCUCCGACCGUCCUCUCCCUCACCGUCGUCCUCCCGCGGAUUCUCCCCCAUCUGCUGCCGUAGCCCCCGCGGUUACUGGCGGUGGACGAGAGGCAGACGACCAUCGACCACUCUCCCUGGAGCGCACCAUUCGCACCCUCGACCGUCAGAUCUCCCGCUUCGUUUCCUCCGACAGCCUCAUCUGGUCUGACGCUGCGGAUGCUGCUGCUUUCCUUGAGGCGGUUGAUGACCUACUCGCUACCAUCCACGACCUUGACUCUCCCUCCGUCCCGGCCGAUAAGCCCCUUCUUGACCGCGCCGAUGAUCUGCUCCAGCGUUGCAUGCUCCGUCUAGAGGAAGAGUUUCGCGCCAUCCUUGACCGAUCAGAUGGUGCCGUAAUUUCCACGCCACCAUCUCAUGACUCGGACUCUGAUGGUGGUGACGCGGACGAUGACCGCAUCCCCGUCGCUGCCCCGGUUGACGACUAUAAUCUCGUCAUCGAUGCCCUUCCGCCGGGCUCUGUCGCUGAUCUCCACGCCAUCGCCCGCCGGAUGGUCGCGGCUGGGUUCGGCCGCGAAUGUGCGGAAGCCUACGGAGUUUCCCGCCGAGGAUUCGUCGACGAAUCUAUCGCCCGGUUAGGCCUUCGCCCCCGCCCUGCUGAUGAGGUUCAGGCCACUCCCUGGCCUGAGCUUGAGGACGAUAUCGCCCGCUGGGUCAAGGGUGCGAAAAUGGCCUUCCUAAUUCUCGUCCCCAGUGAGCGCCGCCUCUGCGAACGCGUUUUUGCCUCCUUACCUCCCUUCGCGGACCUUACUUUCGCCGCCGCCUGCCGCCCGGCAGCCGCCAGCCUCCUCUCCUUCGCAGAUGCUGUUGCGGCCGGCCCACGUGAGCCCGAGCGCAUUUUCCGCCUUGUGGACAUGUACGAGACGCUCCGCGACCUCCUCCCUGAACUCGACCACCUCCUCUCCGAACAGUACUCUGUCACUCUCCGCGCGGAGGUUGCCGCGGCUCACAGGGCGCUGGGAGCAGCGAUCCGGGGAAUAUUCGUCGAGCUCGAAAACCUUAUUCGUCGUGACCCAGCCAAGGCCGCCGUGCCUGGGGGCGGUCUCCACCCGAUCACUCGCUACGUAAUGAACUACCUCCGAGCAGCGUGCGCCUCCCGGCGGACCCUCGAAGAAGUUAUGGACGAGGACGCUGCUGGUGCUGGCGUUCCGCCCGAUCGCCACCCGCCCUCGUCCUCCUUGUCUCUUCAGGUAGCGUGGAUCAUGGACGUGCUCCAGUCCAACGUCGAGGCCAAGUCGAAGGUAUACCCGGAGCCACCCCUCAGCUACAUCUUCCUGAUGAACAACACUCGUUACAUGACCCAGAAGGCUAGUGACUGCGAGCUGGGGGCGCUUUUGGGCGACGACUGGAUCCGGCGACAGAUAGGAAUGGUGCGUCGGUGGGGCCACGACUACCAGCGGACGACGUGGACCAAGGUGGUCGCGGUGCUGCGGAUGGAUGGCGUCAGCGCUGCGGCCACCUCCUCUUCGGCUGCGGCCGUGAAGGCGUUGCGGGAGCGUCUACGCGUGUUCAACAACUACCUGGAGGAUAUAUGGAGGGUGCAAAGCGAGUGGGUAGUGACGCACGACCAACUCCGGACGGAGCUGAGGGUGGCUGUGGCGGCGCUGGUGCUGCCAGCCUAUCGCAACUUCAUCGGCCGGCUGCGCGCCACUGCAGAUUCCGGAAAGCUGGCCGACCGCUACAUUAAGUACAGCGUAGAGGACGUCGAGGCUAGGAUCAACGAGCUGUUUGAAGGCGUUCGUCGGCUGUGAUAGCUACUUUAUGUUAUAUUUAUGAAACAUACAUAAUACAUGGUGUUGCAUGUUUAACUUGUAGUAUCGGAGCCCUCAGCACUUCCUGCAAGUAAUUCAAGGGUGAGUUCAACGAUAUCCUAAUGUUAAAAUUGCAGGUCUUUCCUUGAUUACUUGCUGUGCAGCUUCGGUUGCAAAAGCCUCCAGCUUUGGAAGAUCAAUUUCAGAGUUGUGGAGAUUCUCUGUUUCGGAGUUCUGAGCUGCUCCUUCGAAGUUUGGCCUCCGAAAUCGGAUCAGUCGGUGAAAAUCGUCUGAUGCAUUAGAAAGAGCUGCCUCGUCUUCCACUGAGCUGUUGCUGUUACGUUCGCUAGUCGCUCCGGUGCCGGUGUGCGCCACUGUCUCACCAGCCCAGUCGUUACAGCAUCAAAGCGCAGCAACCCUCCCUCCCUUUGCUUCUCUUAAUUCACACUGUGGUAACGUUCUGUGCUUCGAAUUGAACUAAUAUACCACUGGAGUUUUGAUCUA